UAACGGUCAUACUGCGUCGGCCAUUUAUCUUUGUGAGCGUGACAGGGAAAAGUUCUGUGCAAAUCGAACUAGAACUUAGGCAACCAAGUCGAGGUAAACGUCUGAUUAAACUGGAGAAAAUGGGUUCACGCAACGAGUGCCGCAUCUAUGUGGGUAACCUUCCACCAGAUAUCCGCACUAAGGAUAUUCAGGAUCUGUUCCACAAGUUCGGCAAAGUUACGUUUGUGGACCUAAAAAAUCGGCGUGGGCCGCCAUUUGCAUUUGUUGAGUUCGAAGAUGCGCGUGAUGCUGAUGAUGCUGUGAAGGCGCGCGAUGGGUACGACUAUGAUGGGUAUCGUCUGCGUGUAGAGUUUCCACGAGGUGGUGGACCGGGCAGCUAUCGCGGCGGAAACCGCAAUGAUCGCGGCCGCGACGGCGGUGGACGCAUGGGCGGACGCGGACCACCGGCCAAGAGGUCACAGUACCGUGUCAUGGUCACAGGACUACCUGCCUCCGGGUCGUGGCAGGAUCUCAAGGAUCACAUGCGCGAGGCCGGCGACGUUUGCUUUGCAGAUACCUACAAGGAUGGAUCAGGUGUGGUUGAAUUCCUGCGCCACGAGGACAUGAAGUACGCGAUCAAAAAGCUAGACGACUCCCGCUUCCGUUCGCAUGAGGGAGAGGUUGCCUACAUUCGCGUACGAGAAGAUAGCGGCGAUAAUGACCGUGGUGGCGGCGGUGGCAGCAGCGGAGGUGGUGGCGGCGGAGGAGGAGGCGGUGGUGGAGGUGGUGGCGGCGGUGGUGGUGGCCGUGACUACCGCGACAGAUCGCGUUCUCGUUCUUUCUCGUCGAGACCGCGCCGUCGGGGCACUCCCACCUACUCCCCAGUGCGACGUCAAUCUUAUUCCAGGUCUCGCUCACGCUCUAACUAUUAAACACUACCAAGCAUUAUCCAUUAAUCUAUAAUAUUUCUACGAGCAGGAAACAAUAGGAAAAGCAAGCUAAAUUAAGAAACUCCAUUCAAUAUAUGUUCAAGACCCCCCAAGCAUACACCUUUGUAAAUUGACUAUCCAAGCCAUCUGAAAAAAUCAAGUUUGUUCAGUCAAGUUCCGAACUCUCAUCAAGGCCAACAUAUUUAAAGAAAACACUUGCUUUUCCAACUGUAUCACACAUGCUAAGAAACAGAGAAGUUCUCUUAAAUUGUAAUCCACCGGGCAUAAUUUGACAAAAAACAGUUCAACAUAGCAAUUGUAAAACAGGGAAUUUUCUUUGGCCACCAUCCCUUAGUAUUCCUUGAUUUGCUUUUGUUUUAUUUUGAGCCUUUGCUCUGCAUCUGCACACUAAAAUUAUAUUAUAAACCAAAUUUUGGCUGCAUAAUUUAUUUGAAUCUACCUUAACGAAAACAACAAACAUCGAUACAGAAUAAAUAUGUUUAUAAUGAGAGAAAGAAACGAAUUAGAAUCCGAACACAACGCAAUGUCAACCACAUUGAUAAACAAACUAUUAAUACUUUAA